CACAAGGCCACAUUGCUUCGCCUACUCCCUUGCCUAGCCUUGUCUUAAUUAACUUAAGUAUUCGUUCGUAUAAUAAAAUAACACUUUUAUAAAAACUGUUUGCUCUAAAUACUAUAUCCUCGAGUGAAAUUAGUCAAUUGAAAGGGGAAUCGAAGACCAAUAGAAACCCAAUCAUGGCAGAAGUCCGCCAACGCAGGGGCAAAGGCCCCGUCAAGACCGCCGUCGUCGAAGACUUAGGAACAGCAUCAGAAUCCGAAGUACGCGAAGAACAAAAAAAAGCAAAGUCCAAGUCCAAAUCCAGACCAAAGCGCAAGGGCGCCAGCGAGCUCAUCGACGACGACGAGUCCUAUAGCCCGUGGCUAGACAUCCUACGAGUCCUCUCAUUCCUAGUUGUCGCCUCAUGCGGUCUCAGCUAUCUCGUCUCGGGCGGCGAGUCCUUUACUUGGAAUCUGCGUGCACCGCCUAAGUACUUGCAGGUGGAUUGGUGGAAAGCUCAACUGAAAGGACCAAUCUACCUAACCCCAACUGAACUAUCCCAAUACGACGGCACCGACGAGUCCAAACCCAUCUACCUCGCCAUAAACGGCAGCAUCUACGACGUAUCCAGCAACCGGCGGACCUACGGCCCCGGGGGUUCCUACCGCUUCUUCGCCGGCGCCGACGCAGCACGAUCCUACGUAUCCGGCUGCUUCGCCGAAGACCGAACGCCCGAUCUCCGCGGUCUCGAAGAUAUGUUCCUACCCCUAGACGAUCCCUCAAUCGACUCUUUAUACCCCGCAGCCGAGUUAGCUGCGUUGAAGAAGAAAGAAUUAGAGGAGGCACAGGAGAAAGUACACGAGGCGUUAUUACACUGGGUACGGUUCUUCGAGAACAGUCCCAAGUACCCGAAGAUUGGGUAUGUGAAGAGGGAGAAGAACUGGCUGGAUAAGGAGCCGCGGAAGAAGCUUUGCGACACCGCGGCUAAGGGGAGGAAGCCCAGAAAAGCGCCUGGUGAGGAGGAGUCGUGAGUUUAAAAGGUGACGGGAACGUAUAUAUACCUACCUAGAAGAUUGUAAGAUAUCCUAGAAAAAAGAGGGAGAGAAAAGGAGCGAUAAA